CUUUUAAAGCUGAGCUAUUUGAAAUGUGGAACACUCUUGACCAUGAAAUAUGUUCUACUUACAUGCCUCAGCCUUUAAAAGUUCUUUGCAUUACAGUCAGGGAUUACAUUCUUCCUGGAGCCAAGCAUGGGGCCAGCUGUAAACAAGCCACACUUCUCCUUGGGGAGGCCGAUAGGAGUUUAAAAGAUUUGUUGUGGCGAGUGUCAGAAACAUUCCCAACUUCAUCACCAACCCUUUACUUCCACCUCUACUCUACCCACGGGAGACCACUUAUAUACCUAAGCGGAGGCAACAGCUGAAUUCAGGAAGCCAUGCAUCAUGUCAGCAGGAACCAACUGCAGACUUUAAACUCUGUUCAACAUGUGGAUGCAGCAGAGAAAUGACCUGUCCAGACAAGCCAGGGCAGCUCAUAAACUGGUUCAUCUGCUCCCUGUGCGUCCCGCGGGUGCGUAAACUCUGGAGCAGCCGGCGCCCAAGGACCCGGAGGAACCUCCUGCUGGGCACUGCCUGCGCCAUCUACCUGGGCUUUCUGGUGAGCCAGGUGGGACGUGCCUCUCUCCAGCAAGGAAGGGCAGCAGAAAAGGGGCCACACCAGAGCCACGACACCGCCGAGGCACCCUUCCCUGAGAUACCCUUGGAUGGUACCCUGGCCCCUCCAGAGUCUCAGGGCAAUGGGACCACGCUGCAGCUCAAUGUGGUGUACAUUACCCUACGCUCCAAGCGCAGCAAGCCUGCCAAUAUCCGUGGCACCGUGAAACCCAAGCGCAGGAAGAAGUAUGCAGUGGCAUCGCCAGCCCUGGGACAGGAGGCUUUGGUCGGACCAUCCCUUCAGCCACAGGAUGGUUCAAGGGCAGCUGAUGCUGAAGUGCCUGGGUACGUCCAGGGAGCAAAUCUGGCCAAGGCUGGGGAAAGACCCUGGAGGCUGAUACGGGGCUCAGAAGUGCACGUGGCGGGCUCAGAUUUUCAGCGGCGCAAGACCCAGGAGAGCAACAUCAGGAUCUACAGUGAGAGCGCCCCCUCGUGGCUGAGCAAAGAAGACAUCCUCCGAAUGCGCCUGUUGGCGGAUGGUGCAGUGGCAGGUCUUCAGGCCGUGUCCUCCAAAAGCGGAGCGCGCUUGCUGGUGCUAGAGGGGAGCGCCGCUGGCUCUGUGCCCGGCUGUGGCCCCAGCCCCUGUGGACUACUCAAGCAGCCUUUGGACAUGAGCGAGGUGUUUGCCUUCCACCUGGACAGGAUCCUUGGGCUCAACAGGACCCUGCCGUCUGUGAGCAGGAAAUCAGAGUUCAUCCAAGAUGGCCGCCCAUGUCCUCUCAUUCUCUGGGACUCAUCUUUAUCUCCAACAAGUAAUGAGACCCACUCUUCUGUUAAGCUCACCUGGGGAACUUACCAACAGUCGUUGAAACAGAAGUGCUGGCAGAAUGGUCGAGUACCCAAGCCUGAAUGGGGUUGUACUGAAAUACAUCACCACGAGUGGUCCAAGCUAGCACUCUUUGAUUUUUUGUUACAGAUUUAUAAUCGCUUAGAUACAAAUUGCUGUGGAUUCCGACCUCGAAAGGAAGAUGCCUGUGUACAGAAUGGACUGAGGCCAAAAUGUGACCACCAAGAUUCUGUGGCUCUAGCACACGUUAUCCAGCGAAAGCAUGACCCAAGGCAUUUGGUCUUCAUAGACAACAAGGGUUUCUUUGACAGAAGCGAAGAUAACUUAAACUUCAAAUUGUUAGAAGGCAUCAAAGAGUUUCCCGAAUCUGCAGUUUCUGUUUUGAAGAGCCAGCACUUACGGCAGAAACUCCUUCAGUCCCUGUUUCUUGAUAAAGUUUAUUGGGAAAGUCAAGGAGGUAGACAAGGAAUUGAAAAGCUUAUUGAUGUCAUAGAGCAGAGAGCCAAAAUCCUUCUUACUUACAUCAAUGCACAUGGGGCCAAAGUAUUACCUAUGAAUGAAUAAAAGGAUCUUCUGGCUAGAAUACUAGAUAUAUUUAUGCAUUUUUUUGUUUUUGGUUUUAAAAUCAAGUACACAAACCUCAAGUCUUUUUAGGAAUGAGGCAGUGUAAAUGAAUAUAUAAAAUAAAUGAAUUUAACCAAGUGUAUAUGAUGGGUUUGAGCAUGAUAAGCAGACUUAAAACCUUUUAAAAAACAUACUCCUCAAAAAAUAUUUGUUCAUAUUUUUCUCUAACAUUGGAUCAUGUGAGUCUCAACAUCUGAUUAUACAGAAUGGUUGCAAUUAUUAUUCCAGCUAGCUUUGUUAAAACAUUUGUCAUGCCAUUUAACAGAACAGUGUAAACCAGAGGUGCUGACUCCUUCAGCAAAGCAUAUUUUAUGCCAUAUUGACUGGUCUGACCAAGAACUGACAUUCUUCAGUUGCUGAUUGUUAAAACAGAGCCAUCCCAAUAUGACCCAGAGGCAGUUCUGCAUUGGAAAACUGAGGCAUGUGAUCUGCAAAAACACCAGGGUAUACCAUAAUUCUGCAUAGAAAUGGUGGGUUAUUUACAAAAGCACCAGUAUAUAUUCUAUUGUAUCUAUAAAUGACUGGCCAUCUCUGUGAAUCUGAGAAGGAAGAAUCACAGUUUCCUCCUUUAUGUGUUAGGGAGUUUUGCUUUCUCAAUUUUGGUCCAAUUUAUGUCUAGUAGCUUAGACAUUAACAAUUUUAAGGUAUAAGUUACCUAUUUGAAACUAUACUUAUAGAGUGCCUUUUUUUAAUGGAUGUUCUUUUAACAAAUUUUGUCAUUUUUACAAAGGAUAUGCUAUAGUUUUUGUAUAUUUUCUUAAUAAUAAUGGUUUUCUUCAGACUUCUUCUAAUUAUAUUUAAAUUGAUUUAAAUGAUAUUGCUCAGAUAUUGACAGUAGAACUAGAUAUUGAGUGCAUUUAAAUAUAUUGUUUAGCUUAUUCUAAUAUGAGAAAUAUGAACAAAAUAAAUUAAAACCUGACUCUUUUCAAUUCUCCUCAAUGAAAGCACAUGACUAGAACUAAAACAGUGAAUUUGGACAACAUUAAGCUUCAAAUAAUUUUCCCCAAACUCCCUCUGCCAACUUUUUUUUUUUUUUAAAGAUUUUAUUUAUUUAUUUGAGAGAGAGAAUGAGAGAGAGCACAUGAGAGGGGGGAGGGUCAGAGGGAGAAGCAGACUCCCCGCCGAGCAGGGAGCCCGAUGCAGCACUCGAUCCAGGGACUCCAGGAUCAUGACCUGAGCCAAAGGUAGUCGCUUAACCAACUGAACCACCCAGGCGCCCAUCCCUCUGCCAACUUCUUAAUUAAGCAUAGGACAUAGACAUACAGUAUUCACAUGUUGGGUCUUUGUGUCCUGGGAAGAUAUGCAUGUCAUCACAUAUGACAGAUGUUCAUACAGAGGUUUCAAAUCUCGAACAAGUCAUCAUUUCCCCCACACCCACCUCACCCACUCCUUAUUUAAAAGCUGAUAUACUGACUUCUUUUUUCCCUGAAAGUUGAAAAAUAUAAUUUAAGAUGUUGUAAUGCAUUCAAUUCUCUGUUUUCUCAGUUCUGUAUGUUAUUGCUAAAACACCGCAUUUUAUGUGUUCUAAUCGAGUCACUUAAUAUCACUGUAAAUUAGAACUAUUAAAGACAUUACAAUAAAGACUGUUUUUUUUUUUUAAAUAUAUACCUAUAGAUUCUAACUAAUGUAAAUGUAUAGGGGCAAAAUGUCAAAACAACACAUGGUAACUAGAAGAGAAGACGGGUCAAGGAGAGAGGGAUUUGAUCGUCUAAGCAUAACUUUCUUAGGCUCACAUUCAAGUACUACAUUUUAGCAUCCUUAUUUGCUGGGCUGACCCUUGGAGACGUGGUCUUCAGACCGUUCUCUUCCAUUAUCCCUUUGAGUUCCUUUCUCUGAUUCCACACAUUCUGUGCACUCUUUGGCUCUCCUGAGUCUCCACUUUUACCUGCUGUCUUUGGGCUUUUUAAGAUCCCUUUUUCUCUCAUUAAUCAGGAUUUUAAUAAAAAAUAAGCCUAACAAAAGCUUGGAGACCCAGGUUCUAUUUUGAGCCACUGACUUGAAAGAACUCUUUGUCAAGUUGCCUUAUACUUUGUCUUAUCGAGGUGGCAUACUCGCAUUUUAAUAAGCUUUUUAUGGAAUAGAUCAUUUUUAUUCAAAUUUGUGAAAUUAGUGGUGGGAAUCCAGUCUCCUUAAAAAUGACCUUUAAUGUUGCGUCUCAAGCUACACAGCUUUUGGGCAGCUUGGUUCUCCCUUAUGUGGGUCUUGCUUUGUUUAUUUGCUUCCAGGUAUUCUGACAUGCUUAAUAUUAAAUGAAAGGUCCAGGAACACAUGUUUAUUUUAGUCACCUUUGCUUUUUAACACAGUAUUUUGUUUUAUAAUCAGUGAAUAAUUCAUGCCAUAUUAUUGUUGAAUAAUGGAUAGCUACAGGGCCAGGCUUUUAAUCCUAAGUAAUGCUCUUCUUUUCUCUUAUUGAAACAAUGAGAGUACUCUGUGCCUUUCAAAUGCACUCAGAUUAUGCUGUGGUUUGGUUCACAUAAGCAUAUUAUGUGGUUUAUUUAUAACUUGAUAAAUUUGAAGUAGAACAAUUUACCUUGGCAGACAUACAAAAGCUUAUUUUUGUGACUUAUUUUCUUUAGGCUGAUAAUAUGAAAAUAAAUACAUAUCUUAAAAGUCUGUAAUAAAAAUAUUAGAAAUUAAA